CUCUCCCUGACCCUGCCGUAUGCUCCUCCCCGUCAAUUCGGUUAGUCGCCAGGUGCAUCGCCUCACUGAGAUAUCACCAUGAAUAUUCCUUUUCAAGACUGUCCAUAUUUUGUUCUGUUAAAGGGCUUUGUUAGAAAAUCUGAUUUAACUGAGUAUUAUUCUGCUCUAAAUUGCGGCCCCUUCUGGUUGUGAGUGGAUCCAAGAGUUCACAUGAUGCAGUAUCUUUUUGAAAGAUGAUACAUUAUCUUCAUAAAAGAAAGGAAGUUGGAGGAGUUAUUAUUGAAGAGGGAUUCAGUGGUAUGUGCUUCUCAAGAGCUAAACUGGAACAAGAAGUGCAUGACUCUCAUGCCUACACUAACUAAUCAGACUUCCCGAAGGAGAAGAAGGAGGUGCGGAAAGAGGAUGGGAGCAACAAAUCUGAAUCAAAGAGGGUGAGAAUUACUUAUCGAUGACUCGGGCAUCAACUCUUGAUUUUCGGCGGAAGACACAGGGUCAGAACAACUGGUCUGGGCCGUUGCGCCUAGUAAAUGUCGUCAGAAAUAAAUUCCCUACCUACAAGAAUGGUACGAAUGGGAUAGUCAUCAAAUUUGCUGAUGAGCCAGAAACGCCAUGACUUAAGGAGUCUGUUGCCAAAGGGACAGCAGAUCUGCUUGAUCGGCGUCAGCGUCUUUCAGUCCGCGAGCUCGCAAUGAAAUUUGAGAAGGGCCUCAGUACUGCCACAUUAUUAUCUAAUGAGGUUAAAUGUAAACAAGUGGCUUUAUUGGAGCGAGACAUCCUUCUGAAGAAUCUAAAGAGUGUAUUGGAGUCACUGAGAGGACAAGUAGCUGGCAAAUAUAAGGAUGAAUUUGAGGAAUCAGUAUCUAUGGUGGAUAUUUUAGCAGUUCAGCUGUCCAAAAGAGAAAAUGAGUUGCUUCAGCAGAAAACCGAGGUCACGAGAAUAGCGACUUCACUGAAACUGGCUUCUGAAGAUGCUAGGAGAAUUGUUGACGAAGAACGAACUAAUGCACGCAUGGAGAUUGAAAAUGCUAGAGCUGUUGUACAAAGAGUUCAAAAAGUACUUCAAGAGAAAGAGAACAGUUCACAAAGAAUUGGAAAGCAGAAGAGGAAGAUCUAGAAAUUUGCAUACCUAGAGGAACUCGCCUUCUUGAUGCCCCUUGCUUACAGAAGGUCGACAUCGACUGAGUACGAGCGGCCGUAGGUCACAAGGGGGCGUGGAACUGCUGCAGCCCAUCUGUGACAGAGCAGACUCCUGCGAAUUUGCCCAGCAGUACAUCCUCUACAUGGUAGUAACUUGAAGAAAAUUCUUCCUUUUUGCUUCCAUGACCUGAUAUCCUCCUCGCUGAUGUAUCGAGGAGCCGUGACCCGGCCUCACAGGAAGGGCCAGGGCGAAGACGUAUCCCCGACAGCCAAGACACGGCCACGGUGGUGAUUUUUGAUGGUGAGACAGAGCAGACUCGAGCGACUUUGCCCAGCCAGGAGCACAUAAAAGAUAAUCAGCGUUUAUUCGCUAGCUGGAAUUAAAGGCAACGGCGAGAGAGCAAGAUCAAGGACAACUU